CGCGGCAGAGGCGCAUUGUGUGUCGGAAAUGGGAAAACCCUGAACCGUGUGCUUGUCGCUGCUGGCUUCACUGGAGUAUAGAGAGUUACACGACGGCAGAGAGAGGGACGAACAAGCAGCCCUGGAGUUUUAAGCGGCGAAGACGUUAGUUCUUGGAGUUUUUUCGCCAUGAGCUGGGGAACGGAUCUUUGGGACCAGUUCGACAAUCUCGACAAACACACGCAGUGGGGCAUCGACUUCCUAGAACGCUAUGCAAAGUUUGUCAAGGAACGUCUGGAGAUUGAGCAGGCCUAUGCAAAGCAGCUACGGAGUUUGGUUAAGAAAUACUGCCCUAAGCGCUCCAAAGAUGAUGAGCCCAGGUUCACAUCCUGUUUGUCAUUCUACUCCAUACUGAAUGAGUUGAAUGAUUACGCGGGUCAGCGAGAGGUUGUUGCUGAGGAGAUGGGGCACAAAGUGUAUGGGGAGCUGAUGAGGUACUCACAGGACCUGAAGGGGGAAAGAAAACAUCAUCUCCAGGAAGGACGGAAGGCCCAACAGUAUCUAGACCAGUGCUGGAAACACAUGGACAACAGUAAAAAGAAGUUUGAACGGGAAUGCAAAGAGGCAGAGAAAUCACAGCUCAUCUACGAAAGACUAGACAACGACAUCAACGCCACAAAGUCAGAGGUGGAAAAGGCAAAGUCCCAGCUGUAUUUGAGACAACACAUGGCGGAGGAGAGCAAGAACGAAUAUGCAGCCCAAUUGCAAAACUUCAACGCUGAACAGUGGAAGCAUUUCAACGUGGCUAUCCCUCAGAUAUUUAAGAAUCUGCAAGACAUGGAUGAACGACGGACGGUCAAGCUUGGUGAGAUGUACCGGAGUUUUGCUGAGGUGGAAAGAAGAGUCGUUCCCAUUAUCUCAAAAUGCUUGGAGGGCAUGGUUACCGCCGCUAAAAAUGUGGACGAGCGUAGAGAUUCUGGGAUUGUAGUGGAGUCAUUCAAGUCAGGGUUUGAACCCCCGGGUGAUUUCCCCUUUGAGGACUUCAGUCAGAACAUCCAGCGAACAGGAUCAGAUGGCACUAUUGGGACCCCCAAGACGGAAGGAAGCAAACCGGACCCCAAACACGCUGUUGGCAGGACCAAAAACAAACUCUGGCUUUUUGGGAAGAAACCGAAGCUUCCCCCAUCCAUCCCUCCCCCUUCCCUCCCGAGUUUUCCCUCUGGCCACUUCCAGCCUCCUAAAUUUUCUACAGAGCGGAUAGCUAACCAUCUAUCCGAAAUGAGAAAUGCAAAAUCUAAGAUCCCAUCCUUCCGAGCUGUGAAAAGAGGGGCACCAACACUAGAGGAUCUCAGCCACCUUCCUCCUGAACAGAGACGCAAAAAACUUCAACAGAGGAUUGAUGAGCUGAAUAAAGAACUGCAGAAGGAAAUGGACCAAAGAGAUGCUCUUAACAAAAUGAAGGAUGUUUAUGAGAAGAAUCCUCAGAUGGGAGAUCCUGGAAGUCUUCAGCCCAAGAUUUCAGAGACCAUAUGCAACAUGGAGAAACUCCGCUCUGAGAUCCAUAAAAAUGAGAGUUGGCUAUCAGAGGUCGAAGGAAAGCACGGAUCUCGUAGUGAACGACGUCCCAGUGCAGAUGUGAACCACCACACACCACACGGCAGAGAGAGCCCUGAAGGCAGUUACACAGAUGAUCACAGUCAGGAGCAUCGGACUCCACCGCAGCCAGACCCACAUGAAUUUGAUGACGAGUUCGACGACGACGAUCCUCUCCCCGCCAUUGGCCACUGCAAAGCUCUCUAUUCUUUUGAUGGUUCUAACGAAGGCACGUUGGUAAUGAACGAGAACGAGGUGCUGUACGUCAUCGAGGAAGAUAAAGGCGACGGAUGGACGCGGGUUCGGAAGCAAGGCGGAGAGGAGGGCUACGUCCCCACGUCUUAUGUGGAGAUCACACUGGAGAAAAACAGCAAAGGUGCGGUCACCUACAUAUGACAUCACCCACGGCAGCACCGCCUAGUUAUGACAUCACACAUGGGGCAGCGUGUGUCAGAGUUACCGUGACUCAUCAAGUGCAGCUCGGCUGACUGCCAUAUGCCUUUGUUCACCAUGUGAGCUCAAGGACAAACACAGACACACUGGCUAAAGUGACUGUUUCCUCUGCACUGUGACUUUGCCGCAGCAGAUACAACCGUAGACCUGUAGAGAUUUGUAUAGCAUUUUAUUGCAUUUUUAAUUAGUGCUUGACGCACUGUUUUUAAUCAGUUUUAUAUAUAGCGCCGGAGCAAACCUGAACAAAACGCGUUGGCUCCUUUUCAAACGUCUGUCUGAGCGGUGAUUUGCUCGAACAACUGUCUCACUCCAAUCAUCUGCUCUUAUGUGUUUUUGCAUGUUGAAAAGUAAAGUAAAAUCAUUGUUUCUGCAGUCGACGUUUCAGUUCAUGCAGUUCUUCCAGCUUUCUCCAAAGUGUUAUUUCCUUGCCGCCAAAUUUUCCUCAUUGCAGCAACAAACCGGUUUAACUUCAGCUUUUCCUGCGAGUGCUGCUCUUUUGUUUAAAUUUGAAGUGGCACGGGUUUCUUUUUUUAAUUUGCGUCCUGGGAUCAAAAGCAUAUAAUAAAUAUGAUCCAAGAUCGACUUGGGCUGGCUCAGUGGCGCCCUCUAUCUUGUUUCCUCUGUCGCUGAUCAAUCUUCGUUGUCGGUGGGCCUGUCAAUGACUCUGUCCUCUCUUUUCUCUGUGGCUACAGGUUCCUGAUUGGAUGAGUGGGGUUCUGUGGUGUUUGGUGGCCGGGACUCACUGCUGUGGGUCUGUUAGUGGGGCGGUGGGGCGAAUUUUAAACCGAGAUCGUGCUGGGGCAAGGUUGCAUGUUUGCAUGCUGUUUGUGUCAUGCCCAUUAACAUCAUUCCAUUGCAGCAGACGUUCCAGGGAAUAUCUGAGAGGGCAUGGGAGAACGGGGGAAGCCGCUCUCGUGCAAUAACGGAGAAGUUAAUAAGAGAGGUUGCCUGGCACUAACAUAUUCAGCGGAGCGUGUGUCUGUUUAUACCGUCAUCUCAUCAUAACAUGCACCUGCAUGAUCCAGCAGCCUUUCAUUCCCCAUUCCGUUCUGACCAGUUGACCCCUUAAUAGGAUUUAACCACUUCUUAUCCCAACCACUUUUUUUUGCGUCUCUUUCUCCGUUGACUCUUCUCUUCCUCAUUGACAUUCCAUGUUAACCGUGAUGUCUCAAAAGCAUGACCAAUCAGAUUAGAGGAAGCAUGGUGCUUGGUAGCCAAUGCGACAGUUCCCACAGCAACAUCCACCCACUGGCCCCGCCCGCCCCCUUUGCCAUAGUCUGGAGGCUGGAAGGAACCGGAUGCAGUUCUGCAUUUGACCAGCAGGGUCCCCUGCAACACCAUACAAAACGAGCAGAGAACCGCCAGCGAGGACCUCGGAACACCAACCAUCAUCUCUGCCUUAAUUACAGGCCUCUGUGUGGAAACAGGGGUCUAUCUGACCCUCAGUGCCCAAAAAACUGCUUGUUUUUGGGCUGCCAGCUCUCUGCGGUGCUUUCUCCAUUUCUCGCCCAGCUCCGUGUCACAUGUGCUAAAAGAACAAGCUCACUGCCUCCUAAACAAAGGACCACACGUCUCCAGAAUCCGAUCUCAAGUGCGUGUAUUUGUGAAUGUGAUUCUUACAUAUAAAAUUGUGUAUGCAUAUUGAUGCAUAUGUAUAUACCUAGUUAGUUUUUAUUAUUAAUCUGUAUGUAUUAACAUCUUUAUUUCAGAAUGAAUGUUUUUUUUUUUGUUUUUUUUAACCGAACGAAUGACUUUCAGGCUUUGCUUUAAAGAACCGUGCUGUAAUCGCUUUGUAACCAGUUCUUCUUCCUGUCUGAACUCUGUUCUCAAUAGGACCCUGGUCUUAACCGAUGCACUUUUUACCCCGUUGCAUUUGAAUUGGAAUUUUAGGGAGUGAAUGAUGUCGGAUUUGAAUGCUUCCUUUUGUGUGAAUGUGUUGUACAGUAAGACAACGUUGACCACUAUAUACUGGGGUUUGUGUUGGAGCAAGAGCAACUGAGAAAUAAAUACCUAUGUCUGUUUGUCUCAUU